GCCCUCGCGGCCGGGAGGGGGCGGGGCUCGUCGCCGCUCCGCCAUGAAGAGCAAAUGACCUCGCGGGGCAUGAAAUGGAAGUUCCACCGGGGGGAGCGCGUUCUCUGCUUCGAGCCCGACCCCACCAAGGCCAAAGUGCUCUACGAUGCCAAGAUUGUUGAUGUUGUUGUUGGAAAAGAUGAGAAAGGUAGAAAAAUUCCAGAAUAUCUGAUCCAUUUUAAUGGUUGGAACAGAAGCUGGGAUAGAUGGGCAGCUGAAGAUCAUGUUCUUCGUGAUACAGACGAAAACCGCAGAUUACAGCGUAAAUUGGCAAGGAAAGCUGUGGCUCGCAUGAGAAGAAAGGGAAGGAAGAAGAGACGUUGCAGGUUGCCUGGUGUUGACUCUGUAUUAAAAAGCCUUCCUGCUGAGGAAAAUGAUGAGAGUAGUGAAAACUCUUUAAGUAGUUCUUCUUCUGAUGACAGUGAUGAAGGAACAGAUGAAGAAAUAAAAAGUGAAGAAAGUGACAUUGAAGAGAGGACAGAAAUGAAAGAAGACCAAGACACUCACACCAAGAGAGACAUGGAAGAAAGAGCAAUAAGCAUAGAAAUUCCUGAAGUCCUGAAAAAGAAGCUUGAAGAAGAUUGUUACUACAUUAACAGAAGAAAACGGCUAGUGAAAUUGCCUUGUCAGACGAAUAUAAUAACAAUCUUGGAAUCGUAUGUGAAACAUUUUGCAAUCAACGCAGCUUUUUCAGCAAAUGAAAGAUCUCGGCACCAUCAAAUGACUUCGCAUGCCAAUAUGAAUCUUCACUAUGUCCCACCCGAAAAGAAUGUUGAAUUAUGUAAAGAAAUGGUGGAUGGAUUGAGGAUAACCUUUGACUUCACUCUUCCAUUGAUUUUGCUCUAUCCCUAUGAGCAAGCUCAGUUUAAGAAGAUAACUUCAUCCAAAUUCUUUCUUCCCAUCAAAGAAAACUCAACAAAUGCUAAUAGAAAUCAGGAGGAACUGUCUCCAAGUCCACCUCUGUUGAAUCCACCAACUCCUCAAUCCACAGACAGUCAGCCUACAACCGGAGAGCCAGCAACACCCAAACGACGAAAAGCUGAACCUGAAAUAUUGCAAUCGCUGAGGCGUUCUACCCGUCAUACAUCUAACUGUGACAGGUUGUCAGAAAGCAGUGCUUCUCCACAACCUAAACGGCGGCAUCUUGAAACACCUGCUUCAAUGCCAAAGCUGUUUUUGCAUCUAGAAAAAAAAACCCCUGUCCAUAGUGGUUCAUCUUCACCUAUCACUUUGACUCCUAGCAAAGAGGGGAGUGCAGUUUUUGCUGGCUUUGAAGGUAGAAGAAACAAUGAACUUAAUGAGGUAUUGUCCUGGAAACUGAUGCCAGAGAACUAUCCGCCAAGUGAUCAGCUGCCUCCCCCCUCAUACAUCUACGGCUCUCAGCAUUUGCUGCGGAUGUUUGUAAAGCUUCCAGAGAUACUGGGGAAGAUGUGCUUUCCUGACAAAAACCUAAAAGCUUUGGUAAAACACUUUGAGAUGUUUCUGAGGUUUUUAGCAGAAUACCAUGAUGAUUUCUUCCCAGAAUCUGCUUAUGUAGCUGCAUGUGAGGCCUACUAUAGCACCAAAAAUCCUCGGGCAAUCUACUGAAGCUUUUAACGAACAAUUGAAUCCUGUGUACGCUGCCCAUGAUAUUGCUGCUUUGCCAUGUGGCUGCAAGAAGAAGAUGAGAAGAACUUUGAAUGUCUUUCACUUGGGCAAGAGAGAAUAUCUUCUGUGAUGCCUGGAUUACUUAGCAGAGAUGGACUGCUUCUUUAAGAGCUGUGCAAAGACAGCAUUUUGAAUUACUCAGUGGGUUCAGUGUACACUCCAGUUUUAGAUGUAUGAAGAAAGCCCUGCACUGAUUUCUAAUGCAUAGGACUGCAUAUAAUUAAAACAAAGGGGAAAGCAGAUGCAUUAGCAAUUGGACAUUUUCAUGAAAACAAAUGCUUCUUCCUGUGUUUCUUUUUAAUGUGAACUCCUCAGCCUAAAAAAAUAAGACUGACUUCACUGUUACAUAAAGAGAAUGCUUAAUUGGCAUCCUACGGAUAUAUUUUCAUGCAUGGAACUUGGUUUUGGGUUUUGGGUUUUUUUUCUGUUUUGUAAAACUGUCAUGGUAGAAAAGAUUGUUUUGAUGUAAAGGAAAAUUUAUAUAGCUGUCCUGUUUGCAUGAUCUCUGCCUCAGGAAAAUGGUUUUCUGUGGCUUCAGUGAAAGAUUUGUUGCUUGCUUUAGCUUUUUAAAAAGGUAUCUGUCUUAUCCCAUGGCGGGGGUGUCAAAGUUCCAAGGAAUUCAGACCUCACCAGUGAUUGAUCUCACAUGUGGCUGCAAUUGAUUCCCAGCAUCACUGCAGAAAAACAGAAUAUUUUACUGGGUCUCCUAGGAGUAGGAUCAGAUAAUCAAUAAAGUGAAAGCAGUUAUUUUGGCAAGCAUUUUUUUUAAUAAAGUGCACAUUGGCCCUCUAAUUGAGGGUGUGAUACUGGCUGUCUAAUCUUAAAUAUGUCUUUGUUUGGCUUUGCUUAGUACUCUUGUUCACUAAAUAUUGCAAAAUAUAUGGAGAAUGAGGAGGCAGUAGUAGUCCGAUGUAAAAAUGGUGUCUUCUUCCUGUAGAGUUCUUUCUUUCCAUAAAUCAGAAGUACAUCUCUUUAGAUUUAUGCUGGCACUUAUAUUUUUUACACUCUAUAGCACUGCAAAACUCAUACAGCUGCAUGGGAUUAAGCUGGGUUCUAUUAUCCCUCUGACAAUACAUAAUCAGCAGAGAUGAACUAAAAAAAUCUAUUUGAGAUUUUGUAGCAUCUGAGGCCCUUGGCAGGCAUUAAAAUAACGGUGAGAGUGGAAUCUGAGGAACGUUUUUCCCAAGCUCAAAAACUGUGUAUCCUGCUAUGCCAUAUGUGUAUGGCAGGAUGCACAAUGUUUGGAUGAACCGUAAUAUUCCUCAGAUCCAAUCUUGCUACUGCUGGGGGCUACCCACAGGACCUGCUACCCAUGUAUUGGGGAGUAGAUGGCUGUAUCCUGGACCCCGGGCCUGCCAUGUGUCCAAUCCAGUUCUCAGUGGACUUUACAAUAUGGGACUGGGCACAGGGUAGCCCUGAGUCUAAAAACUACAUGUGGAGACUAGAUUUUGUUUAAGUACGGCUUAAGCAGAGGCUAUGGAUUCUCAUCUCAUUAUUUGAACUAACUUUUUAUAACCUGUGUGUCCCUAUGAAUGCACUUUGUUUAACUCCUUUUGCAUCUCUCAGCAGUGUCCUCUCUUUUUCCUCCCCGUUGCAUCUCUUUUUUAUUUAAACUACUGCUUUCUAUUUAAAACCCUCGCUCCCUGCAGAUCCACUCGUAGAAUGACAAAUUCAAAGAAUCUGUUGCUUACAAAAGCUUAUGCCUCUGAAUUAGCCUAUACGAUGCCACUCUGCCUUGCCUUCUGUACAAAUUUUAGGUUAGUGAUCUAAUUAGAGAAUCAUUCUUUUUGACUUGGAAAUAUUGAAUUAGAAUGUGCGUCUGUGACACUGCAACUGAAAAGAGCCAGCAAUUUGGGGAGUUAGGAAGAACCAGCUUCCGAAUGUAAAUAGCACAUUUAAUCUGUAAACCUGAAAUCCAAUCUAACCACUCAGUUACUUUUCAGAGUGUAAUGGCACUCUAAAUCCUUUGAACUGAAAAAGUAAAGAUAUUCUUGGUUUCAGUAUUUUAGGCUUGCAAAAAGGUUUCUUUAUUUAAACUUAAUGGUUCUUGCACUAAUCUCAGUUUGACAUGGAUUCAAAAGAUUUGUGGAUCUUUAUUUCUGAAGGGUCAUUAUCUGUUGUAUUCCUAUAAUACCAGAAUACUUUCUUUUACUCUUCUAGGCUUCAUUCCAGUUCUGUAAAGGUUCUGAAUUUUCAGUAUGGUCCGAAUAUUCAAAAUCCUCUGUAUGAUGGGAGCAUGUCUAAAGUUAACCUUCAUAUACUAGG